AGUGUGGUUUGAUUCUGAACUAGAACGGUAGAGCGAUUGUUGUGCGUGAAAUGUCAAAUGUCAUUUCGUGAAAGGUUUGUUUACUUUGUGAUAUCAGUCAAGUUAUGUAGAAGAAAUCAUCAAAGGGCACAUUUUUUACUCCUGAGUCAUUGUCAUUUUCUUUCAUGUUUGAUCUAUUUCGAGUUGACUUUGAAUUAAUCCUUCGGCAUUCCCAAUUUUGCCCGAUAAUUCGUUGACCGUUGCAUUUGUUCAACGAAAUGGAAUACUUUAUCGUGUCUGGUUCUAGUAUCCAAUAUUCUGUGUUCUAAAGUAACCAUGAAAAGUAUGCAUCUGGUUGUGUAAAGGUAAAGAGGACGCUAAACGAAAGCAAGCAAAGUUAUGCCAAAGUAGAAAAUACUUACACAACAAUCCAAACAAUAAAAAGUGGCAGUCGAACAAAGCGAUAUCUGAACUCAAGAAAUCGACGGAGGAAAAAAAAAAACGCGAGAGACAGAGUGAGAGACCCGAAAACAGAAACCAACAAAAAUGGCCGAUCAGCUGUUCAUUGGAUUCUGUUUGUGAAUGGCAUAGUUGUGGUGUGUUGUGUUGUGCUUCGAUCAAUUAAAAAUUAUUGAAUAAAAACAUUCGUCAGACGGUAAACAAAUUGGUUGCUGCUGCUGUUACUGCUGAAUCACACAGGAGUACAUUCAUAUUGGAAUCAACAACAAAUAAGUUCAAUCACACUCUAUACGUCACAAUGAAAUGUCGUCAUUUGUGUUUGUACUGCUAUUAGAUGUCUUUUUCUUGCGAGAUUUCGAUAUUUGUUUUGAGUUGAUUUCGGAAAAUCGGUUUUUUUUUUCCUGUUUCGAUUUAGUGGUUAUUGACAUUUGAUAAUAGCCAAACGCGUUCGUUGGCCACAGAAAACGCAAAGUUAAGACGGAAGAAGAAGGUUGUAUUGAUAAAAUGUUUGGUGAUAUUUAGGGAAAACAAAAGCGCGAGACACAAAAGAGCAAACGAAGAAGAAGAAGAAGCAGAAGAAAAUAAACAGAAAACUAGAGCACGACCAAACACGACAUAAAUGUGAUAGAGAGUGUACGGAAUUCAUGUGGGAAAAGUGCUGAAUGACAAAAAUAGAAAAGUAAAACGGAAGAGAAGACAAAAGAGCAAAAGCAAAUAAAAUACAACAAAAGAAAAUGGGCGAGUAGAAGAAAUCGAAAUAGCCAUGCUAUUGGUUAGUAAAAAAUGGGUACUAUCGCGUCAGUGCUUCAAUGGACCUGUAGCAAUAGCAAUUGCCGAUAUAUCAAUCCAACCGAGUCUUUGAAGUGCAUUAAUUGUGGUAAUAUUCGUCGCAUUAAAAUACCAGCCUAUUUAGCAUCACCCGAUGAAUAUGACGAUGAAUGCGACAAUGACAGCAGCCCCACGGAACAUGCCAUAAAUUCAACCAUACAUCGUACAAAAACAACGAACUCCGAUCUCUGCGACGAAACACUGCCUGGAUAUGUUGAAAUUAAUUCAAACGGACUUAAAUCGAAACGUAUCUACAAAACUUUAUUGCGGAGUCAUUACAAACACAAUUCCACCGAAUCGCAACGAGACCCAUCGUCGAGCAGUAGCAGUGACGUUACGGAUCACCAUGAGCAUUUAGUGCAAUUGAGGCGUUCGAACAGUACGCCAAGUUUGAAACGAUGUUGGUUGUGUACAUCAUGCAAAGUGCUCAAUAAUUCGGUGACGUGGCACUGUCUCAAUUGUGAGUGCGUCAGUCUUGUAGCGCCUAUUUACAAGGACACCCUACAAAAAGGAUGCAUACGCAAAGAAAUAAUCACAACUAAAGAUUCAAAUCAAAGUAAUAACGCCAAAUGCAAAUCAAAGCCAAUUCCAAACUCAGUGUCGUGCGGUAAACUGGUGACGGAUGCAAUGAAUCAAUCGCCAUUGAACGGAUUCGAUAGAUAUAAUCGUUUUUUACAUCGCCAAUCGAACGCGUGUCCCGUAUUAGUCGCUGCAAAUUCAUCGCCUGGUGAGUGUUAUGUUAAUCAAGUGAAGUACAAUGAAGUGACACGUUAUCGCCCAGUCGGAGGAUUGUGCCCGUUAAAUCGUCACCUUGAAAAUAAAUCACUACCAAAUAUCGUCGAUGCAUUCAAGGAAUCAGGCAUGCAGACACAGGAAUUAUCGGAGAAUUUUUUCGGUGAGCGCAUUUUCACAGUGAACAAACCGAAUACAUUCACAGUUGCGCCUGCAGCCACAAAUCACAGUAUUAAUUCGGCACGCAAAGCCCUUACGCCAACGCAUGAAAUCCACAAAUUCACUCGAUUCGCAACAAAAUCGGCAGCCCGUGGAUCGUCAGUCGUAAAGAAAAUGUGUACACCAGGUGAAGCGUGUCGUAUGUGUAAUUUAGGCCGAUGUCAAAAUGAGACAUUCACAGCGAACAAAAAUCAAUCGGAAAAUCCAUUAGACACAAGUCGAUUCACGAUAACAACACUUUCACGUAACAGCGCUGUCAAAUCGACUGAUAAAAAUCAAACGCUUAGCCGUAAUGGUGGUGUAUUGAUCGCGGUUCGCGAUUGGUCAAUGGAAAAGAGUCCGGUUCCAAAGAAUAACGGCAUUACAACGGCACCCAUGUCACCGGAUAAUUACUAUGAAAUUCUUCGGAAUCCAAAUAACAAUGCCACUCUAGAACAAUCGAAUAAGGACUGUAAUCGAACGACCAAAUCACAAAAGCAUAUUUAUGAAAAUAGUAUUUUGGCCGCGAAACCAGAGAGCAAUGGUCCCAUUUAUGCAGUUGUAAACAAAAUGAACAAAAUGAAAAACACAAAACCACAACCAGCUCAAGCACUGAAAUCACCGGAACAAACCAAAUUCACGUACAUCGGCAUCAAUCCAACGAGUAAUGUGAAGCCAAUUAAAGCAGCAGUGGCGGCAACGACGGCGGUGGCGGCCGAUUCAGAUGCACUCUAUGCAUCCACUCAGAAAAAUUCACAGCAUAACAAUAAUCUCAGUAACAAUAACAAUGGCGUUUGUCUGACCAGUGUGAUGUCUAGUUUAAACAGCUUGAACAAUAAUAACGGCGUGCCGUUAAAUGAUUGCACGCCGCCCGCAACCAAUGCGGAAUUCUCAACGAAAGUGUGGAAGGGCAAUAAGAAACCAAUGGAGGCUAAUAAAACCAUAAACUCUUCACAGCAGGCGCUGAAUCGUUCGCCAGAAUCGUCAUCACAACAAACGGCAGCACCGCGAAUGUGGACCUGUACCAAAUGCUCAUAUAGCUAUAAUCCACUUUGGGCUGACAACUGUGAUAUUUGUACAUUGCGUAGAACACCUCCUUCGCUGACACAACCAAGCCUGAUAACGGUGACGAAAGACAAACCAUUGAUCAAUGCCGACAUUGAUACACGCUCAUCAUCGGAUGACCAAAGCCAAGUUAGCAUCAAUAACAAAACCGAAACGGUUAAAUUCACUCGAUCGGUGGACAACAUUGUCGAGGUGCCGAUUGCUACAUUCGAACAGGAUUUGGAUGACGAUAAUAUAGAUGAUACCGUUGACUAUCCGCAAGAGUGGACGUGCAAAAAGUGCACUUUGGUCAAUACACCGCAAUGCACGACGUGCGUUGUGUGCGGUGGAUCAAAGCUGAAAAGUGUAUCAACAUUCGAAGAAUUAACACUGCGAAAAGGUCAUUAUUGGGUUUGUACUCAUUGCACACUGAAAAAUGAAAUUUCAACGACAAUAUGCGCCGCAUGCAAGUCAGUCAAACAGAUUUCUGGGCAACAGACCAACUAUCGUCCGUACACUUCAACGCCCGCGUCAAAUUUGAAUAACAAAAAUCGACCCAACGUAAUUGGUACGUCAUCUUCACAGCAUUUGAUUGGCGGUGGUUUAACACCACCUGUUCAACGUGUGUUGAGAAGCCCGUCGCCGAAGUAUGAUAAAACCGCUUCUGGAGCCAUUCCAAAGAGACACAGCACCGGAGUAAUGAUUGGAAAAACAACAAAUAUCAAUCACAGACAUAGCGUUGGACCAAAUACAACCGCUACGAUUCCAGUGAAAGUGUGGCAUUGCCCAGCGUGUACGUAUGAAAAUAAUUCGGCCAGUGUUGUGUGCGAUAUUUGCUCGAGCCCAAGAGGCUUGGCCAACAGUUCAAAAUCGUCGAAUGAUAUGAGUUCGUUGCGAUACGAGGGAACGAUCACAAGUGAACACCAUUCAGUUGACUUGAGUCGUAAGGAGAGCAAACUCAUGGAGAAUUUACGUCGAAAGGAGGAAGGUGAAGCUCGUACAAAGUGGGAGAACAUAAUUCAAUACUGCAAAGAUAACCUAGAAACAUUUGUCGACGACUCAUUCCCACCGGCUCCAAAGAGUCUUUACUAUAAUCCAAGUUCAAAUGUUGACGGCAAUCCAGUGGUUCAAUGGCGUCGACCACAUGAGAUAAAUUGUGAUGGUGGCUCAUUUCCACCUUGGGCAGUGUUUCGAACGCCAUUGCCCAGCGAUAUUUGUCAAGGCGUUUUGGGAAACUGCUGGUUACUUUCUGCUUUAGCCGUGCUCGCCGAACGAGAAGAUUUAGUGAAAGAAGUGCUUGUUACGAAAGAUAUUUGUCCCCAAGGUGCCUAUCAGGUGCGAUUGUGCAAAGAUGGAAAAUGGACGACAGUAUUAGUUGAUGAUCUCCUGCCAUGUGAUAAACGUGGACAUUUAGUAUAUUCGCAAGCGAAACGGAAACAACUGUGGGUUCCAAUCAUCGAAAAAGCUGUUGCAAAAAUCCACGGAUGCUACGAAGCACUCGUUUCCGGACGAGCUAUUGAAGGUCUCGCCACAUUGACUGGCGCACCAUGUGAAAGUAUACCUCUUCAAGCAAGCUCACUGCCAAUGCCAAGUGAAGACGAGUUGGAUAAAGAUUUGAUAUGGGCUCAAUUGCUGAGUUCGCGUUGCGUUAAAUUUUUGAUGGGAGCAAGUUGCGGUGGCGGUAAUAUGAAGGUCGACGAAGACGAAUACCAACGCAAAGGCUUAAGACCACGUCAUGCAUAUUCAGUUUUGGAUGUACGAGAUAUUCAGGGUCAUCGUCUACUGAAACUUAGAAAUCCUUGGGGCCAUUAUUCAUUCAUUGGCGAUUGGUCGGACGAUUCAAAGCUAUGGACUGAUGAAUUGCGUGAUAUUUUGAUGCCGCACGGCGGUUCUGAAGGUGUAUUCUGGAUAUCAUUCGAAGAUGUUUUAAAAUAUUUUGACUGUAUCGAUAUAUGCAAAGUACGGUCAGGAUGGAAUGAGGUUCGUUUACAGGGAACUCUGCAGCCACUGUGUUCAUUGUCGUGCGUUUUGCUUACCGUGCUCGAACCAACCGAAGCUGAAUUCACACUAUUCCAAGAAGGACAACGAAAUUCAGAAAAAUCACAACGAUCACAACUGGAUUUAUGCGUUGUCAUAUUCCGCACUAGAUCAUUGGCCAAUCCAGAAGUUGGACGCUUAGUUGAACACAGCAAGCGACAAGUUCGUGGCUUCGUUGGAUGUCAUAAGAUGCUAGAAAGGGAUCUCUAUUUGCUUGUUUGUCUGGCUUUCAACCAUUGGCACACCGGGAUCGACGAUCCAUCGCUUUAUCCUCAAUGCGUACUCGCAAUCCAUAGUUCGAAAAGGUUAUUGGUCGAGCAAAUAGUUCCACCGCCAUUCAAUUUGGCCGAUUCCAUUAUCAAUUUAACCCUGGCGAAAGGCCAACGGCACGAAGGUCGUGAAGGAAUGACGGCUUAUUACUUAACGAAGGGCUGGGCUGGUUUAGUGGUUAUGGUUGAAAAUCGCCAUGAAAACAAGUGGAUCCAUGUAAAAUGUGAUUGCCAAGAAAGCUAUAACGUUGUUUCAACGCGUGGCGAAUUGAAAACUGUCGACUCUGUACCGCCACUACAAAGACAAGUGAUCAUUGUGCUGACUCAGCUGGAAGGAAGUGGCGGAUUUAGUAUUGCACAUCGUCUAACACAUCGCUUAGCCAAUUCACGUGGCUUACACGAUUGGGCAACACCGGGAAAUGUAACUCACUGUCCGCCAAUCGAUACCGUGCAUGGUUUACAUGCUCCUCGUUUAAUCACGUGAUGUGAUAUAACAAUUCCAUAAAACGUUUACUUUUAAACAAACAAAACAGAGCUAUUUUAUAACUAAGAGACAAACAGAAAAAAAACAAAUCUUUUCUUGUGCAAUGUUGAAUAAAUCUUUUCUUGUGCAAUUUUGAAUUGGACGAUGUA